ACUGCUUGCUUCGUUAAUGCUUAAUUUUAGUUUCUGUGUGUACUUUUUAUUCGCAAUUUAAUUGAUAAUACUCUUCAGUGAUGUUUAAUUUAAUAUCGUGUAUAUUUUGGAGUUUUUAACGGGUGGCUGUUGAGAGGCGUUGAGCACUUUAUUAUGUCAUCACCAUCACAUACAACAGAGUAUUCAUAUUUAGGACCAUUAUCAACAUCUACACUUUAUGGGCAUAAUGAAGAUUGGCAGUGGUCACCUGAAGAUCAGUACAAUCAUUAUACUUACCUCACUUCUAGCACCACAAGUCAGGAACCUUUGGACUAUAGUAUUGGUUCAUCCAUGUUCUUUUCGGGAGAGGAAAAUGUAGAUAGCUCAUCGUAUAAAGGAAAGUCUAUGAAUUCUGAUGGUGGCUAUCCUGUUGAUAGUGAGAGACAUGAAGAAAGACCUUCAGAUGAACAAGUAUUUGAAACUUUAGGCCAAACUGUGAAACAAGAUCCUUACCAGUAUGAAGAUUAUGAUGAAAUUCCUCCUCAACCAAAAAAAAGAGGGCGGAAAAAAAAGGAACCUAAUGGCAUCAGCAGUUAUGAAUAUAUCCAUACUCCUGAUGGCGUUAAGUGUAUAAAGCAAGAAAGGAUUACAGAAACAUUUAAGCAAAGAAAAAGAAUGGAUCGAUUUGAUGGAAUGCCUGAGGAAGAAGUAAUGAAAAAAUCUCUUCCUGAUCAUUUAAGUCAUGGCUUAGACAUUGUAAUUAUUGGUAUAAAUCCUGGCUUAAUGGCAGCUUAUAAAGGACAUCAUUAUGCUGGACCUGGAAACCACUUUUGGAAAUGCCUAUUUUUGGCAGGGCUUAUACCAGAACCAAUGAGUGCUGUUGAUGAUUUUAAAUUAAUUUCCCAUGGAAUUGGUUUUACUAACAUUGUUUCUCGACCAACUAAAGGGAGUGCAGAUUUAAGUAGAAAAGAGAUUAGAGAAGGAGCUGAAAUAUUGCUAUCAAAGCUACGAAAAUAUCAACCUAAAAUUGCAGUGUUCAAUGGAAAAAUGAUAUAUGAAGUUUUCUCAGGAAAGAAAAACUUUGAUUUUGGACGUCAGCCUGAUCCUAUUCAAGGGACUGGAAUUUCUGUUUUUGUUAUGCCUUCAUCAAGUGCAAGAUGUGCCCAACUACCUAGAGCUGUAGAUAAAGUUCCAUUUUAUGUAGCACUUAAAAAAUUACGUGAUCAUCUCUGUGGUGCACUUCCUGAUUUAGACUUUUCAGAGGUGUCCUUUCCAGAUGUUAAAUUGAAAGUUGAAGUCAAGGAAGACACUCAUGAUGAAUGCUUUUCUGACUAUCGUAGAAGUGAUGUGAGUGCUACGGUGCACCGAAGCCUUCAAACAUCUGAUUCUGAAUUAAGAAUGAUGAUUCCUGUGCAGCGUGGGAAACGUGGAAGGAAGAGGAAAGCAGACUUGAGUAGGUAUCCUAAUCCUGUUGUGCAUACUGAAGCUGUGUGCUCCCGACCUCGUGGACGAGGCUCUGGAAGGCGUGGCAGAGGUAGAAGGCCUGUUGAACACAGUGGUUACAGUCCAUCAAGUUCAGCGUGGUCUGGAUCAUCAACAGUUACUUCACCUUAUUUUACUUCAGAAUCUACACCUCAGAAUAGUUGGCAACACUGGCAAGAACACCAGAAUGGAAAUGACACAUUUCAAGAACAUUCGCAGACUCAUAAUAUGAGCCCAGUUCAUAAUUACCAAAUGCCACUUUCAGAUCAUGCUGCCAAACAGCCGCAAAAUAAUCAAUAUUAUGGAGGGUAUUCUAGACCUUACAUGGGCUAUUCUCAGGCAGACUGUUCUUAUAUUCCACAGGUAGAUACAUAUGCUAAGGUUAAAGACGAAUGUUAUGAGACAAAUUUUAGUGAGUAUUGAUAUGGCACAUCAGUUUUAAAAAAGUCCUUUCCUAUAAGUGUUACCUGUUCUGGCAAAACAAAAGAAAAAAGAGAUUGCAAAGUGUUCUUGAUUUUAAAAUAUUUGUUUUAUUUUUAUUUUACUUUAUGAGAAAUUUUUGCAUUAAUUUAUUAUACUUUUUUAAUUUACAUUUUAGC